UACUGAUAUCUAAAAAGUAUAGUUUAAAUAUAUAAAUAUAUUAAUAUUUGAUAUAAAAACAUUGAAUACAGCUUUGCAUAUAUUAUUUAAGUACUGUUGCGUGUUGCAUUCGAAUAAAAGUGAGAAAGGUAUUUAAGUGCAAAUUCUAAAACUUAUUGAGUAAUUUUUGUAUGCAAGUUAUAUUAUUGUGAUUGUUACUUUAACUAAAAGUUGUUUGACUGCACUUCUUUGUUAAUAAAAAUGGAAGAAGAAGAUUUGGAUGAUAUUAAAAUUUGUAUAAAUGAAGAUGCAAAGUAUGGUCCAAAUGAUAUGUUCGAUAAAAGGUUAAACAUGUCGGUAAACACAUGGAUGAGAGUUUACAGUAAUUUAAUUACACCAGAUGACAGAGCAAAGUUUAGAAAUGUAUCUACAGCUAUUGCACAAACCUUUCGUUCUGACAAAACUAUAAUAAGUAGACAUGGAACUUUUGCUACAAAAUUUGAGUCAUCUGUACCAUAUAAUUUCUUUCUGUCCACUGUCGAUGAAUUAGAAGAAACUGCUAAACAAUCAUUUUCUGUGGCUUUUCAUGAAAUAUUAGAUUAUACUGGAGGUGAAAUAGUUGAGAGCUUACAUUUAAAUUAUAUGGUUGAGUUGCUAUGGAUAAUUACUGAAUAUAUGCUAGCUGGUCAAGAUCCAAAAAUGACUAUAUUGUAUGGAACGUUGGUAGAUGCUCAAUACAUAUAUGAUAUACCAUUUGAUAUAAACUUGGUCAAAGUUCAUACACCUAAAUUUGGAUCUCAUCACUCCAAAGUUUCUAUCCUUAAGUACAAAAACCAGAGUAUUAGAAUUAUUAUUUCUACAGCAAACUAUUAUUACCUAGACUGGCAAACAAGAACGCAAGGACUUUGGAUAUCUCCAGUUUUGCCCCAUCUUCCAGAGAAUGCUGAAGAUACAGAUGGAGAAUCUGUUACAAAUUUUAAAAGAGAUUUUAUUGCUUAUUUGAGUGUAUAUACCGUACCAGAUGUUUAUGGCUGGCAAGCUUUGAUGCACAGGACCGAUUUUUCAGCUGUAAAAGUUUUUCUUCUUACAUCUGUUCCUGGAUACCAUGAAGGUCAUAGAAUAGAAUUAUAUGGCCAUAAAAGACUUUUUAACAUAUUGUCAAAACAUGCUGUACUGCCGCAGUCUGCUCAAGAAUGGCCAAUAAUUGCUCAAAGCUCAGCUAUAGGAGUUUUUGGUAAAGGAUAUCAUGGCUGGUUACAAAAUCAGUUUGCUCAUACUAUGGCUAUGGAAAAAGAUAAAAGUAUCAUCAAAUUCCCAGAAUUUAAAUAUAUAUUUCCCUCUCAAUUAAACUACAGCCAAAGUUUUGAUAGUCAAAUGGGUGUUACCUGUCUCAUGUAUAAUGAAGACAAUCAUAAAAAGCAACCAUGGAUAAAAAGCUUUCUGCAUGAGUGGAAAUCUGACAAAAUUGAUAGAACCAGGGCUAUGCCUCAUUGCAAGUGUUAUACUAGAAUUUCACCAGAUGAAACUGAAAUUCCUUGGUUUGUUUUGACUAGUGCAAAUGUCAGUAAAGGUGCUUGGGGUAAGAUUAUGAGAGGUAGAGUAUUUUAUAUUAACAAUUACGAAGUAGGUGUGGUUUUUAUUCCGGAUAUAUUGAUUAAUCAAACGGCAUUUCCAAUCAAAAAUACUGAAAAUACCAAAGCACCAUUAUUUUUAUUACCUUAUGACUUACCUUUGACUCCUUAUAAACCAAUAGAUGAGCCAUUCGUUAUUAUUAAUAAAUUAAAUGAAUUUGAGUUAAGUACGGAUAAACUAAAUGUACAAGAUCAGUCUCAUGAACUUACAAAUAUAGAUGAAAUUACAAGAGAGUUAAAAGCUUUGGGAGAAGACGAAAAGAAGGAAAAGGAAAAAGUUGAUUAUUUGCUUUCAAAUUCAAAUAGUAAUAGUCUAGAAAAUUUGAUAGAAACAAAAGAUAUCAUUAAUGAAGAUGUUGAAGUUAUGGAAGAGUCUAAAGAACAAGAAAAAUUAAGUGAAGCAGAAAUAGAAGAGCAAAUGCUAGAGGAAAAAAAAGAUUUUUUUGAGUAUGAUCUGUUUGCUUCUUUAUAAAGAAUUGAGUAGUUAUACAUUAAGAAUUUUGAAACAUUUAUUUUCCUACUAUAAUAGUUAUAUUUAUAUUCAAAAGUAAAUAGUGAUAAGUAAAUUGCAUAAUUAGUCAAGCUUUGAAAAUAGCAUAGAUUAAUUAAUUAUUGGACUUAUAAUACACUUACAC